GCCUCCCUCUGGUUGUCACUGAUGGCUCUAUAAGAGGAAUCAUCUCUGGGAAUAUUGUGGAGGGGACGGAGCCGGUCCGCAGCGAAGGCGCCCGGGUUUCACGCACGCUCCAGGGCGCCCAGCAUGGAGAUGCAGAGGUGGUCCACAAGGUGGAAAACGAAAAGGUGGCGCUGGGACUCCUCUCUAACCCUAGUCCUCAUGUUUACUGUCCUUCUCCAGGCUGCAGAGGUCAGAGGAGCUGAACCAGUUGAUGUGCUAAAAGCAUUAGAAUUUCACAAUUCACCAGAAGGAGUAUUGAGAACAGCAGGAUUUUGCACAAAUAGAAAGGAUUCAAAAGGAUCAGAUGUCGCUUACAGAGUUUCAAAAAAUGCACAACUCAGUGCGCCAACAAAGCAACUGUACCCAGGUGGAAACUUCCCCGAAGAUUUUUCAAUAUUAUUGACCGUGAAACCUAAGAAGGGGAUCCAAUCCUUCCUUUUAUCUAUCUACAAUGAACAGGGUAUUCAGCAAGUAGGUGUGGAAGUUGGUAGAUCCCCUGUCUUCCUGUAUGAAGAUCAACAUGGGAAACCUACCCCAGAAGAUUAUCCUCUUUUUAGGACAGUCAACAUUGCAGAUGGCAAGUGGCAUCGGAUAGCAAUCAGCGUAGAGAAGAAAACUGUUACCAUGAUUGUUGACUGUAAAAAGAAAACCACAAAACCACUUGAGAGAAGUGACCAAGCAAUUGUUGACACCAAUGGCAUCGCUGUCUUUGGAACCAGAAUUCUUGAUGAAGAAGUUUUUGAGGGUGAUAUCCAGCAGCUAUUGAUUAUAGCUGAUCCCAGAGCUGCAUAUGACUAUUGUGAGCAUUAUAGCCCAGACUGUGAUUCCCCUGUGCCCAAUGCUGCUCAAGCUCAAGAUCCUCAAGUUGAUGAGAAAAAGAAAGCCAAAGCCAAAGGGAAGAUGACGACAAUGGCUGCUUACUCAAAGGACAAACCUAAAAAGAUCACAACAAAAAUAUCUGAAAAAUUUGCAUCCAAGAAGAAGAAAAGUUACCAAGAAGCAGCUAAAGGCAAACUAGGGGCCAACGUUGUUGAUGAAUUUCAAGAGUAUAGUGUAACUGAAACUGACUACAGUUCCCAAACAGAAGCUCCCACCCAGACUACUGAACCAAAUGAGCAAAAUCCCGUUGAAGAAGUAUUUACUGAAGAAUACGUAACUGGAGAGGAUUAUGAUUCAGAAAAUAAAAAAAAUGAGGAAACUGAAUAUGAAAACAGAAGAGUAGACCUCAGUGAAUCUGACCUUCUGGUAGAUGGAGAUUUAGGCGAAUAUGAUUUUUAUGAAUAUAAAGAAUACGAAGAAAAACCCACCGAUCACACUAAUGAGGAGUUUGGUCCAGGUGUUCCAGCAGAGACUGAUAUCACAGAAACAAGCGUGACUGGACAUGGUAUUUAUGGAGAAAAAGGACAGAAGGGGGAACCAGCUGUGAUUGAACCUGGAAUGCUUGUUGAAGGACCACCAGGAGCAAGAGGACCUCCUGGUCUUACAGGUCCUCCAGGUUUACAGGGUGCUGUUGGUCCUCCAGGUGAUCCUGGUGAGAGGGGCCCACCAGGACGUGCUGGCCUUCCAGGAGCUGACGGUUUAGCUGGUCCCCCUGGUACCAUGUUAAUGUUGCCAUUCCGCUUUGGUGGUGAUGGGGAGAAAGGUCCAACAAUCUCAGCUCAGGAAGCUCAAGCCCAAGCAAUUCUUCAGCAGGCUAGGAUUGCUAUGAGAGGGCCACCUGGCCCCAUGGGACUCACUGGAAGACCAGGUCCUGUGGGUGGACCAGGUUCAUCUGGUGCUAAAGGUGAAAGUGGUGAACCAGGUCCUCAGGGUCCUCGAGGUAUUCAAGGUGCUAUUGGUUCAAGUGGAAAACGGGGUAAAAGGGGUCGCCCAGGUGCUGAUGGUGCUAGAGGGAUGCCAGGAGAACCAGGAUCGAAGGGUGAUAGAGGGUUUGAUGGUCUUCCUGGUCUGCCUGGUGAAAAAGGUCACAGGGGAGAUCGUGGCUCACAAGGACCUCCUGGUUUACCCGGUGAAGAUGGAUCAAGAGGAGAAGAUGGGGAAGUUGGACCAAGAGGUCUUCCAGGUGAAGCUGGCCCACGUGGAUUAUUAGGCCCAAGAGGCACACCUGGUCCCCACGGACAACCUGGUGUUGCAGGUGUUGAUGGCCCCCCAGGCUCAAAAGGAAAUAUGGGUCCUCAAGGGGAACCAGGGCCUCCUGGUCAACAAGGAAUCCCAGGGCCUCAAGGGCUUCCUGGUCCACAAGGUCCUAUUGGGCCUCCUGGUGAAAAAGGACCACAGGGUAAGCCUGGCCUUCCUGGACUUUCUGGUGCUGAUGGGCCUCCUGGUCAUCCUGGAAAGGAGGGUCAGUCUGGAGAGAAAGGUGCUCUGGGUCCUCCAGGUGCUCAGGGUCCAAUUGGUUAUCCUGGUCCUCGUGGUGUAAAGGGAGCUGAUGGUGUCCGUGGCCUGAAAGGCUCCAAAGGGGAAAAGGGUGAAGAUGGCUUUCCAGGAUUUAAAGGUGACAUGGGCCUUAAAGGUGACAGAGGAGAAGUAGGUCAGUUGGGUCCACGAGGAGAAGAUGGCCCAGAAGGUCCUAAAGGUCGAGCAGGUCCAUCAGGAGACGCAGGUUCAGCUGGUCCAGCUGGUGAAAAGGGUAAACUUGGUGUUCCAGGAUUGCCAGGUUAUCCAGGAAGACAAGGUCCAAAGGGAUCCACUGGUUUCCCUGGAUUCCCAGGUGCCAAUGGAGAGAAAGGUGCAAGGGGUUUACAUGGCAAGCCUGGUCCGAGGGGACAACGUGGACCAACAGGUCCACGAGGCUCAAGAGGCCCAAGAGGUCCCACUGGAAAACCAGGCCCUAAGGGCACUGCAGGCAAUGAUGGCCCCCCAGGACCACCAGGCGAAAGGGGACCACAAGGGCCUCAAGGACCUGUUGGAUUCCCAGGACCAAAGGGACCUCCUGGGCCACCUGGAAAAGAUGGCUUGCCCGGGCACCCAGGGCAGCGGGGUGAAACUGGUUUUCAAGGAAAAACUGGACCUCCGGGCCCUGGUGGUGUUGUUGGCCCUCAGGGUCCUACUGGUGAGACUGGGCCAAUUGGUGAAAGAGGUCACCCAGGUCCUCCAGGCCCACCGGGGGAACAAGGCCUUCCAGGUGCUGCAGGGAAGGAAGGCGCUAAGGGUGAUCCAGGUCCUCAAGGCAUCUCUGGAAAAGAUGGGCCAGCAGGUCUUCGUGGUUUUCCAGGAGAAAGAGGCCUUCCAGGAGCUCAGGGCCCAGCUGGUUUAAAAGGAGGAGAAGGCCCACAAGGCCCACCUGGACCAAUUGGUUCACCAGGUGAACGUGGAACAGCAGGUACUGCUGGUCCAAUUGGUCUGCCAGGUCGCCCAGGUCCCCAGGGUCCCCCAGGUCCAGCAGGAGAAAAGGGUGCUCCUGGUGAAAAGGGUCCUCAAGGUCCAGCUGGACGUGAUGGAGUACAAGGUCCUGUAGGUCUGCCAGGUCCUGCAGGGCCUGCUGGUUCUCCUGGAGAAGAUGGUGACAAAGGAGAAAUUGGUGAACCAGGUCAGAAAGGCAGUAAAGGUGACAAGGGAGAAAACGGUCCUCCUGGGCCACCAGGUCUUCAAGGUCCUGUUGGUGCCCCUGGUAUAGCUGGAGGUGAUGGAGAGCCAGGUCCCCGAGGUCAACAAGGCAUGUUUGGGCAGAAAGGUGAUGAAGGUUCUCGAGGUUUCCCUGGUCCUCCAGGCCCUAUUGGUCUUCAGGGUCUACCUGGCCCACCAGGUGAAAAGGGAGAAAAUGGUGAUGUUGGCCCAAUGGGUCCACCCGGUCCGCCAGGUCCAAGAGGUCCUCAGGGUCCUAAUGGAGCUGAUGGUCCUCAAGGUCCCCCAGGCUCAAUUGGCUCUGUUGGAGGUGUUGGUGAGAAGGGUGAACCUGGUGAAGCAGGUAAUCCUGGACCUCCUGGAGAAUCUGGUACAUCUGGCCCAAAAGGUGAAAGAGGAGAAAAAGGUGAAGCUGGACCACCUGGGGCAGCUGGACCUGCAGGUGCCAAAGGCCCUCCAGGUGACGAUGGGCCUAAGGGUAAUCCAGGACCUGUUGGAUUCCCUGGAGAUCCUGGACCCCCUGGUGAACCUGGCCCUGGUGGUCAGGAUGGUACUGGUGGGGAGAAGGGUGAAGAUGGUGACCCUGGUCAGCCUGGUCCACCAGGCCCUUCAGGUGAAGCUGGCCCACCUGGUCCUCCUGGGAAGAGAGGCCCUCCUGGAGCAUCUGGAGCUGAGGGCAGACAAGGUGAAAAAGGUGCAAAGGGUGAGCCUGGUUCAGAAGGUGCUGCUGGGAAAACAGGUCCAGUUGGUCCCCAGGGGCCUGCAGGAAAAUCUGGCCCAGAGGGCCUCCGCGGUAUUCCUGGCCCUGUGGGAGAACAAGGGUUACCUGGAGCUCCAGGUCAAGAUGGCCCACCAGGUCCCUUGGGUCCACCUGGUUUGCCUGGAUUGAAGGGAGAUCCAGGUUCCAAGGGUGAGAAGGGACAUCCAGGUUUGAUUGGUCUCAUUGGACCUCCGGGAGAACAGGGUGAAAAGGGCGACAGGGGUCUCCCAGGUGCACAAGGAUCUCCUGGAGCCAAGGGCGAUUCGGGCAUUACUGGUCCUGCUGGUCCACUUGGCCCCCCUGGUCCUCCUGGUCUACCUGGUCCUCAAGGUCCAAAGGGUUCUAAAGGAUCCACGGGUCCUGCUGGUCAGAAGGGUGAUGGUGGUUUACCAGGGCCCCCUGGUCCUCCUGGUCCUCCAGGCGAGGUAAUCCAGCCUUUGCCUAUCCAAUCACCCAAAAAGACAAGAAGAUCUUCAGAUUACAUGUUGGCUGAUGCAGGUGAUAAUAUCCUGGAUUACUCAGAUGGCAUGGAGGAGAUCUUUGGUUCACUCAAUUCUCUGAAGCAAGACAUUGAGCAUAUGAAAUAUCCAAUGGGAACUCAGAAUAACCCAGCCCGAACUUGCAAAGAUCUACAACUCUGCCACCCUGACUUCCCAGAUGGUGAAUAUUGGAUUGAUCCUAACCAGGGCUGCUCUGGAGACUCCUUCAAAGUGUACUGUAAUUUCACAGCAGGUGGGGAAACUUGCAUCUAUCCAGAUAAGAAAUCUGAAGGAGUAAGAAUUUCAACAUGGCCAAAGGAAUAUCCAGGAACCUGGUUUAGUGAAUUUAAGAGAGGCAAACUGCUUUCCUAUUUGGAUGUUGAAGGCAAUGCCAUUAAUAUGGUCCAAAUGACAUUCCUUAAACUACUGAGUGCCUCUGCAAGACAAAAUUUCACUUACAACUGUCAUCAGUCAGUAGGUUGGCAUGAUGCAUCAUCUGACAGCUAUGACAAAGCGCUGAGGUUCUUAGGAUCAAAUGAUGAAGAGAUGUCUUAUGACAACAAUCCUUACAUCAAAGCUCUUCAUGAUGGUUGUGCAUCAAGAAAAGGCUAUGCGAAGACUGUGAUCGAAAUCAAUACACCUAAAAUAGACCAAGUGCCUAUUGUUGAUGUGAUGAUUAAUGACUUUGGUGAUCAGAAUCAGAAGUUUGGAUUCGAAGUUGGUCCUGUCUGUUUCCUUGGUUAAGUUUAGGGCAGAGAGCAGAACAACAAACGUUGUGCCUUGGUGCUACCAACCCACUUCAUGCCACAUGCAAGUUUUGAAUAAGGAUGGUAUAGAAAAUCUGUCUGGCUGUGUGUGUAUAUCUUACCUAGAAAGUACUUGUUGCCCUUGUAGGGCCAGAAUCACAUAACUUAAACUUAUUUGGAAAAUCAUGAAGGACAUAAAAAUGCUGUGGCCGUGUUAGACAGCAUAGGCUAAUUUUAUGAACACCCCCUUUGGACUCUUCUGGUGCUGUAAAAAAAAUUAAUGUAAUGGUGCUCCUUUCAUUACAACAAAGUGGUGUUAGGAAAGUGUUUAACAAACUGUAAUUAUUCUAUGUACAGUACUGUACUGUUAUUUCUCUGUCCAUUUCCAAAACUUGCAUGUGUCUCUGAUUGCAUCUGGCUCUUAUUUUAUAAUUGCAAAAUGACGUUGUCAAUACUGUGUAUGUAUUAUGAAAAAUAAAGUUGUAAUUGACAGUGAAUCCAAUUCAAUUUCCUGAUUAAUAAUAAAAAUCCCUUUGUAUAUAUUGAUGUUGAAGAGCUUUGUUAUUUGAAGUCACCAGCAAAAACUUUGGGUGACAAAACUGGAAGACGUUUGGCAGCACACUUAAAACAACACUUCUCUGCAGAUACUACUUUAUGAUGAUAAUUUCAAGAAUGAAUGCACCCAUUAAGGUGCUGUAUUCCAUGGUGCUAUACCUCAGACUUUUAUUUUCCUGUUCAGAUUUCAGAAUUUCUUAAGAUACCUGUAUAUACCUAAAAUAAGUAAGUUUAUUUUUGGGUGCGGGAAAUGUGUAUGAAAAAGGAUGAAGGGGGGGGAAAAAAAAAAAAGCUUAAGCGUAAGAAAUCUGUUCAAGUCUAUGUGAAGUAAAUGGUUAGUCAUAUAGCCUUCCCUUUUUUGUAUCUCAUCUUCAUUGUGCUUCUUUGAUCCACAUAAAUAUUAAAACUGGAUUCUAAAAAUUAUUUAUGGAUUUGUGCAGUGUUUACUUGGAUUUUAUGUGAGCAAUGAUAAGUAUUUGCUUCCUGAAACAGAUACAAAAUUCUACACGUAAUACCCCAUAUAUGAUUUGUCCAUCCUGCAAAUGUGAUUUUUUUUCCCCCAUUAUUUUUUUCAAGCUUAGGGACACAAUAUGUCUAGGUCAUGUGAUUCUACCUAGUUGCCAAGCAACAUACGAGGGAACUGCUACCUACAGAGCUUG